AUGGCAACAACCACAAAACUUCACAAGGAUCCAAAUGGAAAAAGUGUUGAUCAAUCCCUCUAUAGGAGUAUGAUUGGAAGUUUGUUGUAUCUUACUGCUAGUAGGCCUGAUAUCUCUUAUAGUGUUGGUGCCUGUGCACGAUAUCAAGCUGAUCCAAAAAAAUCGCAUUUGGAAGCUGUCAAAAGAAUCAUCAGGUAUGUACGUGGCACGGUUGAUUUUGGUUUACAUUAUUCUUUUGAAACCAAUUCUGAAAUUGCUGGAUUUUCAGACGCCGAUUGGGCUGGAAAUGCUGAUGAUCGGAAAAGUACUUCUGGAGGAUGUUUCUAUGUUGGAAACAAUCUUGUCGCUUGGCAUAGUAAGAAACAAAAUUGCGUUUCCUUAUCCACUGCCGAAGCUGAAUACAUCGCUGCUGGUAACUGUUGUACCCAACUGCUUUGGAUGAAGCAAAUGAUUCGUGAUUAUGGCAUUAAUCAAGGCACCUUCUCUAUUUUCUGUGACAAUACUAGUGCUAUAAACAUUUCCAAGAAUCCAGUUCAACAUUCUCGUACCAAACAUAUUGACAUUCGUCACCAUUUUAUUCGUGUUCUGGUUGAAGAGAAGGUUUUAAUAUUGGAGUUCAUUGCCACUGAACAUCAACUUGCAGACUUGUUUACUAAGCCUCUCGACACUCAUCGUUUUGAAACUCUUCGAAAGGCAUUGGGAAUAUGUCGUAUUCUCUAA